AUGGCUGACCCCCAUACAGACCAACCAACUCAGGGGAGAAUUCAAGAACUGCAGUGGGAACUUCUUGAACAUCCACCUUACAGCCCGGACUUGGCCCCUAGUGACUCCCAUCUGUUUGGUCCUCUAAAAUACCGCCUGCGUGGGAAACGUUCCUCUGAUGACGAAGAUGUUGAAACGGAGGUGCGGAAGUGGCAGAGACGAAAGUCAAAAGACUUGUAUGCUGCUGGUUUUGACGCACUUGCGAAGCGACGGAACAAGUGUAUCAGUGUUGGUGGAGGAUAUGUCGAGAAACAAUUUUCUUCCCAGGUUCGAAUAUCAAAUGUUUUAUAUCCUUUUGUGCCCCAUUUACUGACUCUCCCCCGUACAGCACCGGAUGGUAGGAUGGCUGAUGAUGAUUAG